AUGCCUACGACACCCAGCAACCCGCUUUUCCUCGGGCUCGACCUGUCCACGCAGGGUCUCAAGGCUGUCCUCGUCGACGAGGAAGGCUCUGUUGUUUCAGAGCAUGCCGUCAACUUUGACAAGGACCUCCCGCACUUUGGCACCGUCAGCGGCGCUGUCAGGGGCCCUGACGAGGGCGAGGUCACCUCGCCCGUCCGCAUGUGGCUCGAAGCCAUCGACCUGGUCAUGGACCGCAUGAAAGCCGACGGCGUCGACUUCUCCUCCAUCGUCGCCAUCUCCGGCGACGGCCAGCAGCACGGCUCCGUCUACUGGUCCCCCUCCGCGCCCGCACUCCUCUCGUCCCUCGACGCAGCGCAGCCGCUCGCCCCCCAGCUGUGUCCCCAGUUCGACGCGGCUGCUCCUUCGCCGUUACCCAAAGAACUGAACCGCGUAUCUGCAUUCAGCCUGCUCCGCUCGCCCAUAUGGCAGGACUCGUCGAAUACGAACGAGUGCCGCGCGCUCGAGGCUGCUGUCGGCGGCAAGCAGGCGCUCGCGGACCUCACUGGCAGCCGGGCGUACGAGCGCUUCACUGGCCCGCAGAUUAUGCGGAUACGCAGAGUAUACCCUGAAGCCUAUGCCAAUACCAUUCGCAUCUCGCUCGUCUCCUCUUUCAUCCCCUCCCUCUUCCUGCAGGACUUUGCGCCCAUCGAAGUCUCCGACGCAUCAGGCAUGAACCUGACAAACAUCCUCACCAACAAAUGGGACGACAACCUCCUCGCCAUCGUCGCCUCCCACCCGCACCCACCCUCUUCCGCAGCAGCCGAAGACCUGCGGUCAAAACUCGGCCCCGACCCCGUUACCGGCGCCUCACCUCUGGGCACCAUUGGCGCAUGGUGGGUCCGGCGGUACGGCUUCUCCCCCGACACCCUCAUCGCGCCCUUCAUGGGCGACAACCCCGCGACCCUCCUCACCCUCUCCCAGCCCUCCGACGGCAUCCUCUCCCUCGGCACCUCCACCACCUUCCUCCUCUCCAUCCCGCCCUCCCCCUCCCCGCCCGCGCGCUUCACCACCAGCCACAUCCUCGCGCACCCCGCGCUCCCCGGCGGGCACAUCGCGAUGCUCUGCUACAAGAACGGCGCGCUCGAGCGCGACCGCAUCGCGCGCGGCGACUGGGCGCGCUUCGGCGCGAUGGUCGCGGAGGAGCGGGAGCGGCGCGAGCGGCGGAGGGAGGACACGGAGGACUGGCUCGGCUUCUACUUUGGGCUGCGCGAGAUCAUCCCCCCCGGGGUGCAGGGCGCGUUCUUCUUCCGCCUCCCGAUCCUGUCCUACCCCUCCCCGCCGUCGCCGCCGAACCCGAUCACGUACGGCGCGCCGCAGCGCGUGCGCGCGGCCGCCUUCCCGGACGCUCUGCACCCGCUCGCGAUCCUGCGCACGCAGCUCCUCUCGAUCCUCGCGCGCAUCCCGCAGAUCCUGCCCGCCGCCGCGCCGCCGCUGCGCAGGCUCGUGCUCACCGGCGGCGGCUCCGCCAGCCCGGUCAUCAGGCAAAUGGCGGCGGACGUGUUCGGGAUGGAGGUCUACGUGCCCGACGGGAGCCGCGAGGCGGCCGCCGUGGGCGGCGCGUGGCUCGCCAAGUGGGCGUGGUGGCGCAAACAGCAGGGGGUGGGCGAGGGGCUGGGCGGGCGAGGGACGUUUGAGGAGAUGACGGCGAGCUUGAGGGAGAAUGUGAAGAGGGUGGCGGUGCCGGUGGGGGAUGAGCGGGUGAGGGGGUUCUAUGAGGGCAUGGUGGGCGUGUAUCGGACGUGUGAGGAGAUGGUGGUGCGGGAGUGUGAGGAGCGGGAGGGGGGGCCGUUAGCUUGAUGAGGGUCAAGGUUAUACGUUAAUGAGUCUUCAGUGUGGUUAUCUUACGGACGGCUUCACGGUAAUGAUAGAAAGCAUAGUUGGUUCCUCUCGUUUCUCCGAUUAUAUAGACUGCACAUACACAAAUGUACAACAUCCAAGCAAUAAAUACCAUGUCUUUCCAUC